AUGUUUCUCAGUCCCAUCUCGUCAAUGGUCCUCGAGACGAUUGUGGUGGUCCUUACGCUCGGCUUCACCCCAGCUCAAUCAGCUCUGAGGGCCGGGGCACUUGCGCCUCUGUCAUUGUGUGUGGGCCACUGCCUCUCAACGACGCUCGAAUACUUUGUGCGCACUCCUUGGGCACUUCUAGCGGGCGGAUACUCGGUGAUGCUGUUGUUUCACCUUAUCGAUAUCGAUCUGCUGUCGCGCUGGGAAUUCCCCAAGCCCAGCCGUGCCGUCACACUCACAGGAUCUGAACACAUGAGCUCCAGAGGGACGUCCGACUCAACUAGGACGGCCCGGCUGCGAUACGGCGUCUCGGCCUGCUUUAAUGCGCGAUGCAUUGGAACCCCUGAGCAAGUGCGCAACAUCCCCAAGCCACUUAAUCAGAAAAGAGCGGCAUUUCUCCAUGAAGCCGCUAGGUUCGUGACCCUCAGCUACAUCAGCCUCGACGUGCUGGGGUCAAUGGGCGAUCCCGAGGUGGGAUCUCGCUUUCUAGUCGCGUCCCGAGUGCCAUUCUUUCGACGUUUGUCUGAUAUUACUGCAGAAGACAUGGUUAUUCGCGUAUUCUCUGCGGCUCCUUCAGGCGUCCGCCUUGUAUGCAAUCAGGGCGGAUUCUAUAUCCUCUUCGCAUUUCCGCAAGCCUGGCCUUCCUUCUACGGAUCCCUAUCGGAGGCCUACAGUAUUCGCAGGCUCUGGAGUCGCGUUUGGCACCAAUCCAUCACGCACAAAUUCCGCGCGAUUGCCCGGUUUGUGGCGGAGGAUGUUCUUGGUCUGCCGCCGAAUGCGCUGGUGCGCCAAUAUGGGCAUAUUUUAGUGUAUGUGUUUAUGUCUGCGUGUGCAGUUCUCCUCCUGAGUGAUAUGGUAUCGCGAGCAGAGCGCGUCUCUGAAUUCCUUUGGAAUGAAGGCUUGUUGGCUUGGUCGCUUCCUGCCCAUGUUUAUCCGAUGCUGUAUCGGUUCAGCAUGGGCCUCAACGAUUCAGUGGUUCUAGUGAGCAAUUCUUGGUUUAGUUGGAGGGAUGAUAUUUGA